UAGAGCCCUAUAACUGGAAGAGGGCCCCAAGCCCGGGUCCUACUCAGCCCAGGAGAGGAUCUCUCUGACUAACACAGAGGAAGGCCCAGCUGACCAGCCCAGGCCAAGUCAGACCGAUCACCAGCUGUGCUGUGAAGAUGAAGCUCCUGUGGACCUUAUGGGCAUUGGCAGCCCUCUUGACUGGCUGCCGGGGGGAAGAUGCCAAGACUUCUUCAGAGGAGCAAGUUACAGAACCAGAACUCUGGAACUCGGAGCCAGCUCAGGCCUGGGAGAUAGCCAUGGGCCGCUUCCGGGGCUACCUGGACCGGCUGCAAACCCGGGUUGAGGACCUGCAGAGUGAGGUGCAGAGUUUCCAAAUAGUCAAGGACCUGAGGGGUCUUAUGACAGACACUCUGACAGAGCUGAAUGCUUACAAGGCUGAGUUGGACCAGGAGCUGACCCCCGUGACUGAAGAGACCCGGAAUAAGCUGACCAAGGAGCUCACAGCAGCCCAGGCCCGCCUCAGGGCUGACAUGGAAGAUGUGGGGUCCCGCCUUGCCCAGUACCACCGAGAGUUCCAUACGGUGGUCAACCAUAACAUAGAUGAGGUCAGAAACCGGAUAUCCGCCUACCUGAGGAAGAUGAAGAAGCGCAUUGGACGUGACUACGAGGAGCUCCAGACCCGCAUGGACACGUACCAGGCUGGCGCCAAGGAAGGCGUGGAGAGAGGGCUCGGCUCCCUGAAGCACCUGGCCCCCCUGCUGGAGCGAGUCCAAGAGCAGAACAAGAAAAGGAUGGCCAGCCUGGGCACCCUGGCAGGGGAGCAUCUGCAGAGCCACCUGGACCAGGUGCGCAGCCGAAUGGAGGAGGUCAAGACCAAGGUGGACGAGCAGUCGGCCCAGCUGCAGGCUCAACUUCAGGGCUUUCACGACCGCCUGAAGGCCUGGUUCCAGCCCCUGACCACCGACCUGCAACGCCAGUGGACGUUGCUGGUGGACAAGGUUCAGGAAGCCAUCAAUCCCAAUGGGAAGCUAGGAGACGCACCCGAUACUCCCCUCAGUGACAACUGAAAGCUCCCUAGAGCCCUCCAUGGGUUCCCCGUAGUUCACCCUGUCUCCUGCCUGGGAGGCCUCCUGUCCUCAUCCACCAGUGGACCCUCCCCUGUCCUCCCCUCAACCUCCAGCAGAUGAGGAUGCUCCAGUCCCCCCCCUCACCUCCGCAGGGCAGGCCAGUGCGCUCCAGGGCUCUGGCCCUCAGCCCCUCUACUACCCUUGGGAGAUGGGGUCAGGUGGGGGGGCUACAUGUAGUCUAAGCUCAGGCCAACAAUAAAGUGAAAGCUUGCUUGUGUGCAA